AUGAUUCGGUCCGAAAUGGCCUCCGUAAUGACGCCCUUCGCGAAGAUGCAGUCGGGCAUGCCGCGUCCGCUACCACUUCGCAAUCGCCAUCCAGCGCGUCGUCACCUCGUGCAAACCAAAGGAAGCAGCCGCGAUGAUUCUUCCUCAGCACAGGCACCAAACUCCACCCUGCCCGUCGCAGCGCCAUUGGCCGCAGGCGCGGACACCAAGAUGAACACACGAACGCCCGGAACAACCCCGAGCACCUCGGCUGCUGAAAUCACACCCACUAGCCCCAACGCCGCCACCAUAUCAACGCUUUCUGGUGCACCCCUGCUGACUCAUUUGCAAAAGCUCAGUCGAAGUCCGAAUACGUUGAACGUGUACGGAAAAUCCUUCGCCAAGACGGAGCUCGUAGCGCUCGACGCGGCUGUGUCGUACUUAUCCACAGAUACGCGAGGUUCAGCUGCCACGAUGGGCGGGCCGGGGUCCCUGAAGCGAUACCUUAUCGAGGAGCUGUUGCUGGAGGCCGCCGCCUUUAAGCGCAUCCCACUGCCCGUCGUGGAGGGCUCCAUGGCGCUUCUGGAGCUGCUGCGGUGGACAAGGGGCCCUCCUGCCGCCGCGGCCGCCGAUGGUACGGGUCCCGCACCGCCAUCGGAUCUCGUCUUUCAGGACGACCCUGCGCUGCUGGCCCGUUACCGUUGGCAGUUGGUGGUUGGAGCUGACGUCGGUGGCGUGCAGUACAUCCCUGCCGUAGAGGAACUGGAGGUGUCUCCGGAUGGCUCGUCCUUCACGCUGGGCACCGAUCUCGAUUUCAUAUUCACUGGCUUCAGGCAAGUCAUGUACGACGGGCAGCGCCAGGGGCCCUGCGAGUGGAAGGCGCCGGGCCAUCUGUCGUACACCGUACGGGAAGUACGGGUCGAGCUGAGGUGGCCCAAGGCCUGGCGCCGCGCUUCUGCAUGGCUGGCGUGGCGGCGGCAGCGACGGAUGGACGGCGGCGGCGGCGGCGGCGGCGGUGGCGGUGGCGCCGCCCCGGGUGACGAGCCUGACUGGGGGAGCUCCCUACCGACAUCGCCUACGUGUCGCGAGGAUCCCGCAGCGCCAGCCACCACAAUCCCGCUACCGUUCCCUACAAAUGAGCUUUUGGCGUUUAGCUGCAACGGCCGCGUGGCCGCUACUCGCAGUCGCCUCACCAACGGACUGAUCCUGCUGCUCGAGCCACAAAUGGCUCCGCUUCCAUGGGAGCAACAUUUGCCGCAAGUGGUAUUUUUCCACAACGGCGCAAGCGCCCGGCUUGUCACAAGCCAUGGAGCCUCGUUCGCAACUGUAUAUGUCGCCUGCUCCUGUGAUUCUUGCAAGAAACGCCCACUUUCGCCCUAUCGUACUGGGGGCUGUGUCCUCGGUCUUGGCGACUGGGCGCUGCACGUCGGCCCCAAAGCUGCUAGCUUAGCGGAGGUACAAGUUGUAAAGUCUGGCUCUGAAGAAAAGUCCGCCAGUUUGCAGAUGGGAGGGGAAUGCUUGAGGCGACGGCAGGUUAACGUCUUCCAUUGGAACGGCAAACUGGUCCCAGACCGCACUGAUGCGGUGAUCAAGCCGGGCAUACGUGAUGUACCCACUACACAACUGCCAACAGCGUUUGAGGGCCUGGGAUCGUGGAGAGCCGCAACUAUACGCGGCUACGAUUCCUCCACAUGUCGCUUUGAAGUCAAGUAUCAUGAUGAGCCAAAGCGCAGCCAAGCGCAUAUCUGGCUGCCGCUCGCAGUCUUGCACUUUGCGCGCAACCCUCCAGCCAAUGAGGCCGCCAUCCGCUCGUCUUUGGAUAGCCCACAGCUGCCCACAUCGCCCACAGCCCCGCCUUCGUUCGGCACCCACGGCGACAUAGCCAUGUCUCAGCUGCCAUUGCCAACUCUCCCAUUGCCGUUACCGUCGCUUCUGGCGCAGCCCCGGCUGUGCGCGUUUGGUCAAACGCUGCCUGCGUCAGCGGUCCUCCUGGCGGCAGCGGCAGCAGCAGCGGCAGCGGUGCCGCAGCUUCAGGAGAGGCUACCGGCGCCCCUCCAAAGCAGCUUCCACACCAUGCAUACUGCGCCGGACUCCUCCCAGGCUUCCCAGCAGGCCAGCCCGACCGGUCCCUGCCGACCGGAACAUGAAGGCCCGGCGACCCUUAUCGGCAGUGAAGUGGCCUCACCUCAUCGUUGCUUUGGGAGGGGAUCUGAGCCGACCGCUUCCGCACGACCGCCGCCGCAGCAGCAGCAGUGGCCGCACCUCCAGCAGCAGUAUCAGCAGCCAGAGCUGCGUCAAUGCUUCGCUUCCAGCACGCGACUCUGUGGCGCCGCCAACGGCGACGACGAUGACGGUGGCGCUAUUUGUCGUGGCAAUGGCACAGACGGGGUUCCAGGCGCCGCGGCGGCGGCGGCGGCGGCGGCGGCGGCCGCACCGCCGCCGCGUCCAUCACGGAAUCCCCUUCCGGGCUCCCGAGCGGAAUCCUUUCCGUCUCUGUCAUCGAAUUCCGACUCCGGUAGCAGCAACAGCAUCGGCGGCGGAACGGAUGCCGCCCCUGUUGCCAGCGGCGACGUCGGCAGUCAUAGCAGCGGCGCCGGGGCUAGUGUUGGCGGUGUCGGCUGUGCAACCCCGCGCUCUUCGGAACGAGCCGCUGCUGCCAGUGGAGGCAGUAGCGGGGGGGCCCCCAUUGCGACAGCCCCUUGCGGACCCUGGCGGGUUGUAACCGUCGAGCAUCCGGCGAAUGGCUUCACAGUAGAUGGGGGUAGCUGGCCUCAUCGUCGUAACCUGGUUCCGGAGCCAACCGCCGAUGCUCCAGAGCCCCCUCCUCGGGCCCCACCAUGCGCCAGCUUCUGGGCUACUGGCUUCGCUCUACCUGCCGUACCUACCGUACAUUUAAAUGCUGACGUGGCCGUUGGAGAUUGUACCUUCCAGGCAGCGCCAGCGGGUUUGACCGGUGGCGAGGCCGCCGACGCCGACGCCACGGCGCUGCUGCCAGCAUCCGUCGGUGGCGGCGACGGCAACCCCGCAACGGCGACGACUGGGCAGAUGGAAGACCGUACGACAACGGCAGCUGCGGCGGCGCCUUGGUCGCCCGGUGCAACAUCCAGCCCCGUCGAUGAUGACGAUUUUGCAGCUCUGUAUGCAGAGCUGUGCAACGAAGAAGUCCUGAAUGCCGACCAGCAGCUUGCGCCGCCGCCAAGGCUUCCAGACUCAGCCAGCUAUGUCGCCGGUGCUGCAGCCGCCGGCACUGCCAACGCGGCGGCCGCGGGGGGCACCACCACCGCAACCGACAACCGUAGCGGCACCACCACAGCCGCGGCCUCCGGGGUCCAUUUGGCUCCACUGUCCGGUCCAAUCGCCGCCGCCGCCACUGCUGCAGAUAGCGCCGCCAUCGCGUGCCGUACACUGUCACCUCAACUGUCGGCAGCGACGGCAGCGACGGUGUUAAUGCAGCCUGGGCCGCCGCCUCUGAUGCAGUACAAGUCCAUGUCGGCGUCUGGGACGGGCAGCAGCAUUCAUCCCUUACUUUGCUCCAUAUUGGAGCGACAGAAGCAGAUUAUAAUGACGAUGCCGGAAGCUACAGCCAUAGCCACAGCUACAGCUACAAAUGCUAAGCGGCCGGCAGCUGCUGUGGCGGCGGCGACGGGACAGGAAGAGGCAGCGGCGGAGAAGCCGUAUGACAGGAUGCUGUACGAUGGUUUCAGAGCCGAGCCGCCGCCACGGCAGUCAUCCGGUGUGGAAGCGCUGGUAGCUAUCCUCAAGGAGUGGGAUGAGGCGCCGCAGCUGCCAGUUCUCUGCUGUUUUGUGCUCAAUGCAUAUGCCUGCUGA